AUGCCCCGCGAUCUGGCUGCCCUGAUGAGAGGUGACGAUGAACCCAAGGACAAGAUCUCUCGCGACAUGGAAAAGCAGGAUCACCUAGCUGAAAUCAAGCCUUACGUCCAAACUCUUACCACCUCCGACAUUGACAGCGCUUUCGAAUACCGCUUCACCAAAUGUGGUGGACUAUGUCUUGGCCUUUUCACUUCAGUUGAUACAAGCGACUCAUCAGCCCCUCUCGCAUCGGUUGAGACAGCCUCUAGUGCUCAUUUCGUGUACAGUGGGGCACCAGCACGCAAGUCCGUCCUCCUUGCUCACUGCGUUGUGACCAAAACGACCAACCCUACCGUCAUGGAUGAGGAUAUGGAAGUACCUAGCGAUUGGAAGACUUCUGGUGCUUCCUCAGGCAACAUUGGUCACAGAGAGGAAGGUCGUACAAUUGCUGUACACAGCCUAGCCGUUCUGCCAUCUCUCCAGAAUCAAGGUCUUGGUUCGACUCUGCUGAAGGCUUUCGUUCAACGAAUGGAGUAUGUCCAGGCCGCCGACAGAAUUGCUUUGCUUGCACAUGGCGAGCUCGUCAAGUUCUACGAGAAGCUGGGCUUCGAGAACAAGGGCCCCAGCAAAGCAACAUUUGGUGGAGGAAACUGGGUUGACAUGGUCCUCGAGUUAAAGAAUAACCAAAAAUGA